GACCCCAGGAGCAAGCACAAAUUCAAAAUCCAUACUUAUGGAAGCCCUACCUUCUGUGAUCACUGUGGGUCACUGCUGUAUGGACUUAUCCAUCAAGGAAUGAAAUGUGACACCUGCGACAUGAAUGUUCAUAAGCAGUGCGUGAUAAAUGUCCCCAGCCUCUGUGGGAUGGAUCACACUGAGAAGCGGGGGCGGAUUUACCUGAAGGCUGAGGUUGCUGAUGAAAAGCUCCAUGUCACAGUACGAGAUGCAAAAAAUCUAAUCCCUAUGGAUCCAAAUGGACUUUCAGAUCCUUAUGUGAAGCUGAAACUUAUUCCUGAUCCCAAGAAUGAAAGCAAACAGAAAACCAAAACCAUUCGCUCCACGCUAAACCCCCAGUGGAAUGAAUCCUUUACAUUCAAAUUAAAACCUUCAGACAAAGACCGUCGACUGUCUGUAGAAAUCUGGGACUGGGAUCGAACAACAAGGAAUGACUUCAUGGGAUCGCUUUCUUUUGGAGUUUCAGAGCUAAUGAAGAUGCCAGCCAGUGGUUGGUACAAGUUGCUUAACCAAGAGGAAGGUGAGUACUACAACGUACCCAUUCCAGAAGGGGACGAAGAAGGAAACAUGGAGCUCAGGCAGAAAUUCGAGAAAGCCAAGCUUGGCCCUGCUGGUAACAAAGUAAUCAGCCCUUCUGAAGACAGGAGACCACCUUCCAACAACCUGGACAGAGUGAAACUCACCGACUUCAAUUUCCUCAUGGUGCUGGGGAAAGGGAGUUUUGGAAAGGUGAUGCUUGCCGACAGGAAGGGGACAGAGGAGCUGUAUGCAAUCAAAAUCCUGAAGAAAGAUGUGGUGAUUCAGGAUGAUGACGUGGAGUGCACCAUGGUGGAAAAGCGAGUCUUGGCUCUGCUGGACAAGCCUCCGUUCCUGACACAGCUGCACUCCUGCUUCCAGACAGUGGACCGGCUGUACUUCGUCAUGGAGUACGUCAAUGGUGGGGACCUCAUGUACCAUAUUCAGCAAGUAGGAAAAUUUAAGGAACCACAAGCAGUAUUCUAUGCAGCAGAGAUUUCCAUUGGAUUGUUCUUUCUUCAUAAAAGAGGAAUCAUUUAUAGGGACCUGAAGUUAGAUAAUGUCAUGCUGGAUUCAGAAGGACAUAUCAAAAUUGCUGACUUUGGGAUGUGCAAGGAGCACAUGAUGGAUGGAGUCACGACCAGGACCUUCUGUGGGACUCCAGAUUAUAUUGCCCCAGAGAUAAUCGCUUAUCAGCCGUAUGGAAAAUCUGUGGACUGGUGGGCCUAUGGUGUCCUCUUGUAUGAAAUGCUAGCUGGGCAGCCUCCAUUUGAUGGUGAAGAUGAAGACGAAUUGUUUCAGUCUAUAAUGGAGCACAACGUUUCCUAUCCAAAAUCCUUGUCCAAGGAGGCUGUUUCCAUCUGCAAAGGACUGAUGACCAAACACCCAGCCAAGCGGCUGGGCUGUGGGCCUGAGGGAGAGAGGGAUGUGAGAGAACACGCCUUCUUCCGGAGGAUCGACUGGGAAAAACUGGAGAACAGGGAGAUCCAGCCGCCGUUCAAGCCCAAAGUGUGUGGCAAAGGAGCAGAAAACUUUGACAAGUUCUUCACACGAGGGCAACCUGUCUUAACACCGCCCGAUCAACUGGUCAUCGCUAACAUAGACCAGUCUGAUUUUGAAGGGUUCUCGUAUGUCAACCCCCAGUUUGUGCACCCCAUCUUACAGAGCGCAGUAUGAAACUCAUCGAGAACAAACUCCUCCCCAGCCUGCCCCUGGCAGUGGGAAAUGAUCCCCAACCCUCCAAUUCUAAGGCCACGGCCUUGUGUCUCGUCUCGUUCCACAUGGAGGCCUGAAAACCGUAGGGAUAUUAGUCCAAAUGUGAUCAGCUAUUCAGGAUCUCUCUCUUACGACCAAGAACAUUAUCUUAGAGGAAGAUGACAUAAUGUACAGUGCCCAGUUUAAUUAUGUAGAAGUUACAUCUGGCCAUAGGUUAACCCUUCCUAGAAAGCAAACAGACUCUUGCCCCCUUUUUGGUACGAUUUGAUAUAUUUUCCAUACCCUCUGUCUGUGGAUUUUCACCGUCAGGAUCCCCCAACCAGAGAUGUUAAAGUGAACCUACCCAGCCCAGUGGGGCAGAAACAUCUCCAUCCAAGACGUCUUUGGAAUGAAAGAACGGGGAGCCCAGAGAGUUGGCAAGGAGGGUCUGGGAGUGGGGGAGGCGUGGAAACACCCACUACUUCUGCUCUCUGCCUCAAUGGAAAUGGUCCCUAGGGUCAGAGAGGCCAGGAUGAACCUAAUCACUGUCCCUAAACACUGACACAUCAUAACCCAAUCACAGUCCAGCGGUUACCAGUUUUAAAAAGAAAGGAAACCUCAGACGAGUGUUGGGUGGAUCUGUCAUCUGGUACCCUACUUGGUUGAUAACUGUCUUGACACUUGCGUUCCUUUUAAGAGGCCAAAUCAUCUAAGGACUUUGCUGAAUAAGCACAUGAGAUCAUUUCAGAUCGAGGAUAACCAGUGUCGUGUGUUCAUUUUGAUCUCCGGGAGAUUAAUCUUUGAUCCAGGGUGCCAUCUGUAAUCAUGCCACUACUCACAAGUGUGUUAGCCAACACCCCCCC